AUGGAUGCGAAGAAAGGAUCUCAUUUCAAUUCGGCCCAAAGUAUUCACUUGAGGAGUAGCGACCCAAGUGAAUUAUCAUCGCUUCGUAAACCAACCAUGAACACGUCUCGUAAGCCGAAUCCUAUACUUCCAGCUCCGGGAGUGAGCAGGAACCCUACCAUCAAUACUGAAGCUAGUCGCUCGCAACAGCGACGGAAUGAAGAUGUCGCCAUAAACCGGAACUCUCGGGGCCAUUUGCAACACAUAGGAAUUCUCGGUGUGCAGGAGCAUCGCAUCAUACACUCUGACCCAAUUGAGUACAUCAAGUUUGACACAAGCACUCUAGUGAAUUCAUCUGGAUGGAGAAACAAAUCCCAAGCAGCACAAGGUGGAGUUGGACUCCUCUUAGAUAGGAAAGCUAGAAAAUCUCUACUGAAAGUGGUCCCAUCUAAGAGUGGAAGAAUACUAGUGGCUGAAUUUGAUGGAAAUCCUCUUACAACCAUCCUAGUUAUUUAUGCACCUACCAACUAUGCAGAGGAAUCUGUCAUCGAGGAAUUCUACACAGAGCUAAGAAACGUACUCCAGGAUGUACCAGCCCACAACUUCCUUGCACUCAUGGGAGAUUUCAAUGCUAGACUGGGCCCUGAACAUGUACCUCAUCCAUUUCAUGAGUUAACAAAUAGAAGUGGAAACUAUCUUGCUGAAAUUCUCGUUGAAUUCGGUCUACUAGCAGUAAACACACAGUUUAAGAAGCGCCCUGGAAAACUUUGGACAUUCAAAUGUAGAGCAUCCAACACACUGAGACAACUUGACUACAUUCUUGUUCGUCAAAAAUGGAGAAAUAGCGUUCAUAAUGCAGAAGCGUACAACUCCUUUAGCACAGUGAAGUCUGACCAUAGAAUAGUGUCUGCAAAGAUCAAGCUCAGUCUGAGAACCUAA